UCUGAACGUUGAAAGGGGGAGCAUGUAGGUCUCCACUUUUCCAAGCCUCGGUAAGGUUAGGUGUCGUUGUUCCAUCUCCACUGAUUAGCCGCCCACAGCAUCCAUCGUCUUAAUUUCUCCCCUCCCGGGCGUCCUCCCGUCAACGGCCAUGGAAGUGGCAUCUCCCUCCGAUCGAGAUCCGCAGGCAGGGCUGCACCCCUCCGCCGGCUCCAGCUCCAGCUCCAACCCCAUCUCCAGCAGAGACAGUAACAUGGCUAGAAAGUUACAAAAUGCAGCAUGUCUAACUAUGCGAGUACUACAACAAAUCACAGAUAAUUUCUCCGAGAAGCGAAAAAUUGGUCAAGGCGCAUAUGGAACAGUUUACAAGGGGGUGCAUGCCAGUGGGGAAGAGAUAGCUGUAAAGCUGCUCCAUAAUAACCUGCAAGGAACUGACGACGAGCAAUUCAAACGUGAGUUUGAAAACCUUAUGAGGCUUGAUCAUCACAACAUUGUACAGUUAGUUGGCUAUUGCUACGAAACACAUCAUAAACCUAUGCUGCAUAAUGAAGAAACCAUUUACGCUGAAGAAACAAACAGAGUGCUCUGUUUUGAGUAUAUGCGAAAUGGGAGCCUUCAAAAGCAUAUUUUUGAGGAAUGUGAUGGACUUGACUGGCACACACGUUAUGAAAUUAUCAAAGGGACAUGUGAGGGCUUAAAAUACCUUCAUGAAGGAUUCAAAGAACCAAUUUACCAUAUGGACUUAAAACCUGACAAUAUACUGCUAGAUAAGAAUAUGAUGCCAAAACUAGCAGAUUUUGGCUUGUCUAAGCUCUACGAUGGAGAACAAUCGAUGAUCACUCAAAGUCUUGCGGGAACAAUGCUGCUUGUCUUCAUUCUGAAUCGUGUUCCUCCAGAAUAUUUGUUUGAACACGUAGUCUCGAAAAAGCUGGACAUAUUCAGUCUGGGUGUUGUAGUGACAAAGAUAAUUACGGGACCUAGAGGCCCCACCAGAAGGGCUGAAAUGACACACCAAGAGUUUACUAAUCAAGUACAUGUAAACUGGAGGAAGAGGUUGCAGGAAACAUGGCAUGCUUCCCGACAACUAGAAGCUUAUUGCAACCAAGUGAAAAUAUGCAUUCAAAUAGCAUUGACAUGCAUGGAGAAUGAUAGGCACAAAAGGCCUACUAUAGUGGAUAUCAUACAUAAACUGAACCAGACUGAAAUUGUGAUCAAAGAGCUCAAAAAUGAUCAGGCUUACAGAUGGACAAGCAACAAUAUUAUCAGGGAUGUUGUAGCGCAAGGAAGUGAUCAACGUGAUUAUCAUGCUGUACAUGAUGAAAACCCAUCACUCAUGGGCCCUCUUAGGAGCAUAUCAGAAAACAUAGAGCGGGUUGAGAAUGAAUACUCAGAUGAAGAGGACGACCCGCUGCCAGGCGUGGAAGGGCUAAGAAUCACCGGUGAAGCUUUUCCUGGAGGAGAACUUCAAGUGAGUGGGUAUUCCAUCAACGGGACCACAAGCUGCAAAUUUGAGUGGGUACGCCAUUUGGAAGAUGGAUCGCAGAAGUUCAUAGAAGGUGCACGGCAGCCCAUAUAUCUAGUUACCGCGGAUGAUGUGGACACUAUACUAGCCGUUGAGGUCCAGCCACUAGAUGACCGAGAAAGAAAGGGGGGCAUCGUUAAGGUUUAUGCUAAUGAGGAAAGAAAAAUUCCUUGCGAUCCUGAAACAAAGGAGCUUAUCAAGCAAACCCUUUCAGUUGGCCAUGUGUCUUAUGAAGUCCUUCUGCCGGCGGUUCCGGUCUUAGAAACGUGGGAACCUGCUGUAUUGGCAGUAACGAGGAAAGGUUACAGCAUUAAGUGCAACGGACAGCGUGGUGUUGUUGCUACAGAGACAUUCCAGCAAUACAUGGCUAUCAGUAUCCCAUGUGGGCGUCCUACUGAAUUUUCACUUCAGUCUGCUGAUGGUGAUGAGUAUAGUCUCAAGCCUGCAGAAAAUUCCCAAUCACGAGAUACUAUUGUUCUAAUACUGAGGGCGUUCAGGAUGCAGGUACAUGAUGAAAUGAAAUGCAGGCUAUUGAGAAGAUUAGAGCGAAGAUUGGGCGCCUCCAAGUUGGAGUAGAGUAGAGUAGAAGGUUGGGGUUGCCUAAAGAUAUUUAAGUUUGGCUUGUGAUUCUUGUGUGCAGAAUGAAAGCACAAGCUUUGGUUUCCUGCA